UCGAUCCUACCUACCCUACGCCUUUGCGCAAAUGAUUAUGUUAUUAUAACAAAUGCCCACAUACGUGUAAAGAUUUGGCAAUGGCAAUAGCAAUACGUUUGACAGUUAGUAUGCUAUACAUUUUUUCCUGUCGAGAUGCCCCGUUACAACGACAACAACUGUAAUCUACUAAACAAUAAGAUGUACCCUGCAAGGCGGAGGUAACAGAUUGCACAAACACAUGGAAACAUUUUCAGCUGAUCACUAACACUGUUACAUUUUCUGGAAUUUUCAAUUGAAUGGUAGAUUACGUAAGUAAGAUAGAGAAAAACUAUCGACAUUCUAAACAUAUUGUAAUGUUAACUUGCUAGAAUAGGAAAGACGAAUACCCAAUUUUUCAAGAUGAAGAAAACGAAAAGCGCAGUUUAUUUUAUUUUCGAUUGGAGGACGGAGUCAUGUGUAUGGAGGUUUAAGUUCACGCAAAUGAGGAAAGUUCUCUGAUCGCCAUUCAUUUUUGAGUGGCCAGAAACGAUUCUUUUACAUAUAACUCAAGCAGCUCACGACUUCCGGUCUUUGACCAAGUAUCCUCUGGGUAGCCUAAGAAUAUCGGUUUGAAGGCGAGCUAAAGUGAGAAGGCGAAACAUCCCCUGCAUAGGGUUGUGCGCUGGGUUUGGUACCCGCCACGUAAAAAACACCCCCAAUGAAAAACCACCAACAGCCUCGGAUGCGAGACCCUCCUUUUGAUGACGACCAUGGCAAACGAAAUAAGGACUAUGAUUUGAGGGCAUGCACCUGGAAUGUUCGGUCCCUUAAUUGGGAAGAUGCCGCUGCCCAGCUGGUUGAUGUCCUCGUGAAAAUAAAGGCUGACAUCACCGCCGUCCAAGAAAUGCGAUGGACGGGACAAGGACAGAGACGAGUAGGUCCUUGUGACAUUUAGUACAGUGGCCAUAUAAAGGAGCGCAAGUUUGGUGUUGGAUUCGUGGUGGGAGAGAGACUCCGUCGCCGAGUACUAUCAUUCACUCCGGAGAAUGAACGUCUAGCCACAAUCCGCAUCAAAGCGAGGUUCUUCAACAUAUCGCUGAUUUGCGCCCACGCCCCGACGGAAGAGAAGGACGAUGUGACCAAAGAUGCUUUUUAUGAGUGCUUGGAGCGCACUUAUGAGAGAUGCCCCCGUCAAAAUGUGUUUGGCGACUUUAACGCCAGAGUGGGCAAAGAAGGUAUUUUUCGAACUACGGUCGGUAAAUUAAGCCUCCACGACGAAACAUCCCCAAAUGGGUUGAGGCUGAUCGACUUCGCCGAGGCCCGAAAUAUCUGUUAUCUGUAGUACUAGAUUCCAGCAUAAGAAGAUUCAUCAAGCUACCUGGCUGUGUUUUAAAAAUUAAAUUCAAGUAAUAGUGGUCUCUUUGCGACGUGGAUAUUUGAUUCCUAUCUGUUGAGCCCCCCUAGAGAUAAAAUGUUUAAAAAACUAUCUUACAACCUCGUUUGCGCUCCUCGAGUAGAACCAUCACUAAUUGUGGUACUGUCACCAUCUUCUGGCGGUCAUGCAGAUAUAAUCCCGAAGCUGGAUGCCAUUCAAACCCGCCUCACUGCCAUUGAAAAGUCCCUAACGGACAAAAUGGCAGAAAAGGCCGAGGUGCAGGCACAAAGUAAUUUAUUGCGCGAAUGCCGCGUCAUAGCGGCAAAGACGCAUCAUUCAAUUAGCCGCAUCACCGGUGACUUGGAGGACGAGUAUUACGUGGAGCUCGCUUCGAAACUGCCCAUGUCAUCGGAAGAGCACGUGCGCUUCGUGGGAGACAAACUUUCACAAAAGGAAAGCACGGAUGCUAUAAUGCGGCUAAUAUUGAAGUAAAAGGUCGCAAAAUGCAGUGUGAACGGCGUACUGCGUGGUAUGUUUUCUGACGAUCUAAUGUACCACUACAAUUUAGAGGGGCCCUACAAAAGCUAAAGGUCGUAGGGUUAGUUUUUGAUAUACUUCCUGACAAGGAUAAAAACAUCUGUGGGGAGCUCCGGAGAUUUGUGGCCUUAAGUCACAAUCGUUUUAAGCAAAAAAGCAUAAACUUAUAUAUAUUAGUUUUAAGUUGUAAAUAUUAGUUCUAAAUUGUACA